GUUAAAGUAAUGCCGUCCGUUUAUUUGGGUGUGCAUUUGCCGUUCAAGCCGUACCACAAGCUAAAGGUGGAAAAUGUCGACCUCAGCGGGCGAACAGAAACGCUUCGCUUCGAGGCAGCCAAAUUGAUAAAGGAUGAUGUUUCGGCGGAUGAUUUUGAAUUAAUUUACUGUGGCAAUCUGCUGAAAACCGACGACAUACUGCAGAACAAAGGGGUCAGCGAUGGUUCGAUGAUACACGUCAUACAGAAACGUCGCGAAAAGGAUCCAUCCAGUGAGCAAAAGAGUGAGGAAAAAGAACCUACCGAAGCUGAGGUACAAGCAGUCCUCUCCAUAUGGCGUACGGUCGAUUCGUCUAACUUCCAGAAGGUACGUCAGCCCGAGUUUAUGAAGAACGUGCUUGAUGCGUACCCAGCAAUACGGCGCAAUCUGUUCGUGCUGUCCCUGCUGAAGGACCCAAUUCUGCUCUCUUCGAUGCAGCAACCGGAAACGAUUCGUCGCGUGGCACCGAAACAUCCGGUGCUGCUCGAAGCAUCGCGCACGAUCGUGCAGCUGCUCAACUCCAAAAUGAUCUCGAAAGUGGCCAACUGUCACCUAUCUGCGCCGCUAGACAGUGCGCUCGAUGAUCCGCUGUCCGAUUCGUCGUCGAGCGAUGAUAACACCGUUUCACCGACUACCUCGACAGCGCCCAACACAAUCCGCCGCAUAACGGCCGACAAUCUGGCGUCCGCACUCGCGUUCGCUGGUUCACGCAGCUCGUAUAAUUCACUUUCGAACAUCUCCCAGCGCGAUGCAGACAAUCGUGCCAAUCAGCAGGACGGCCUAACAGGCGAUGGAUCAACCCAGGCGGCCGGCACUUCCGACACAAAUCUUCCUUCAACUUCCUCAGCUACCAGUGUUCAACCUACCACGUCGUCAAAUGUUCCCGCUGGUCGAAUAACAUCUAGCAUGCUGCUCGAUGCUAUUUCGAUGAUGUUCGAACAGCAGCGAAACGAACAGGCGUCUGGGUCUGGGGGUACUUCUGCUAGUGCGGUUACAGCCACCACUCAACAUGUUCCUUCUUCAGCCGAUCCGACAAUCGAACCGAUGGACACGAGCCCAGCUAGCACGGUUUCGGCUCCAGAACCGAUGGGACAUGAUCUUGGGGCCCAAACGUUAUCACAGCAUUCGACACUGGCCGCCAGCAUUGGACAGUAUCGACGGGAGUUGGAUACGAUGCGCGAAAUGGGACUGACCGACACGGAAACGAACCUGCAGGCACUGAUCGUCUGCAACGGGAAUGUCGAAUCGGCCGUAAAUCUCGUGUUCGGUGGUAUGAGCAAUUGAAGUUUUCGG